AUGAAAGAAUUAAACGAUUUGUUGGUGAAUGAUAAUGUAGAUGUGUCACUUACGUCGCCUGCGGAUUACUCCUUCAGGAAGAUCAAGUCUCUUUAUAUGGCUGAUAGAGCACGACCACGGAGUAUGAGAAUUGGAAAGGAAGUGAUUCGAGGUCCAAAUGAUAAAAUAGUAUCUAAUUCACUUUGGUUAAAUCACAAUAACUUGGAAAGUUUCAACGGUGUAGUAGCUUUUUGCAACAAGAUAUUUGAAGCACCUAGUAAAAUCAAGUGGCUCGAUUUGUCUUACAAUGCAAUCGAAGAUAUAUCAGAUGAAAUUUUGAAAUUCAAAGAGCUCCAAAUUCUAUACUUACACGGCAACUGCAUCGACAACAUGCUGGAUAUCUUAAAAUUAAAAUCAUUGAAAAACUUAAAGACGUUGACACUGCACGGUUGCCCCAUCGAGACCGUCCCAUUUUAUCGACAGAAAAUGGUGUACUUAUUGCCACAGGUCAAGAAUCUAGAUUUCGUCACCAUCACCCCAAGAGAAGCCGUUGCACCGGCCCCUCCGGGCGCAAGGGAGCUCCUGAAGGUUUACGAAGGAGAAGAGAAAUAG